CAGAGCGUCCAGGGUUGAGUGCUGCUGCUCCGCGCUGGAGUCGCCGUGCUGCCUCCGGAAUCAUGGUGUUCUACUUCACCAGCAGCAGCGUUAACUCAUCUGCUUACACUAUUUACAUGGGAAAGGAUAAAUAUGAAAAUGAAGAUCUGAUAAAGUAUGGCUGGCCUGAAGAUAUUUGGUUUCAUGUGGACAAACUCUCUUCGGCUCAUGUAUACCUUCGAUUACAUAAGGGGGAAAAAAUAGAAGACAUUCCAAAGGAAGUACUGAUGGACUGUGCCCAUCUUGUGAAGGCCAAUAGCAUUCAAGGCUGCAAGAUGAACAACGUCAAUGUGGUUUACACCCCGUGGUCUAACCUGAAGAAGACGGCCGACAUGGAUGUGGGACAGAUAGGCUUUCACAGGCAGAAGGACAAGAAAAUUGUGACAGUAGAGAAGAAAGUGAAUGAGAUCCUGAACCGAUUAGAAAAGACCAAAAUGGAGCGGUUCCCAGACCUAGAGGCAGAGAAAGAAUGCAGAGACCGUGAAGAGAGGAAUGAGAAGAAAGCGCAGAUUCAGGAAAUGAAAAGGAAAGAAAAGGAAGAGAUGAAGAAGAAGAGGGAGAUGGAUGAACUUAGGAGCUAUUUGUCACUAAUGAAAGUUGAGAAUAUGUCUUCAAAUCAGGCAUAA